AUGACAUGCAGCUACAAUUGCUUCCGUUCCUUCAAGGGAAGACUUGUGUUCUUUUUGGGCCUCAAUAACAUUUCUGAUCACAAACCAAUUGAACAGGGGUUUCAGACUCUCAUGAAGUCAAAGAUAUUUGACAUCUCGAUAUUUCCAACUAGUCGAAACGCUCCUCAAUUCGAAAAAAUGUGGUCCAGCAGUGACUUUGAAGAAUUAUCAAUGGAACGAUUCAAUUCAUCUACAAUCAUCUUGCUGUACACUUUUUUGGCGAGAAGCGUUCAGACAUUUGCACCUGCAAUGAUAUUUAAAAAGACACAUCCGACGAAUCCAAGUUGCGAGGGUCUUUUCUCCUUCACCGGCUCCUUCCACCAACUGGAGAACUUCCUGCUCCAGAACACCAAGACGCGCCAGUUCAUCGAAAAUCUCAACCAGACCAACAGCAAAGUAACCUCCAGCAACUGA